AGGGGUGAAUAUAUCCAACCCAAUUCGACUUUUCAAGAUCUCACAUGCUAACCACCAACAAGCAUGACACACAGAAGACUCAUCCAACUAACAGUUGGUAGUUUAUGACACCUUUAUCAGCUUAUAAAUAUCAUGAUCCAUAAGACAUUAGCCAACAACUUCAGCAUUAAGCACAAGCAGAUCAUAACGAUCCGAGGUCAAAAUAUGGAUAACAGACUCUUGAGCAGCGCCAUGGCAGCCCCGAUCGUAUCAAGGGGGCUACUUUUGUCUAAAUCUUGCCAAUCCCUUUGCACUCUCCCGUCGUCUUCUAGAUUCAAUGGCAUAGAUACAACAGACAGUCUUGCAGUCUCCAUUCAAAAUCAUUUGAGCUUAGGACCCAAACUACUAGAAAUUGUGAAGCACAAGUUGAGUUAUGGUGCAAAAAUCCUACCACUUGGCCGCGAAGGAAAAAUCUUCAAUAAAAAUUUCAGUGCAAGGGAUACUGAGAAGCUGUUGCAUGCGUCCCGUUGUUCCAUAUACACUACAGCUGGCGCAAUCGCAGGCAUCCUCUUCGUGACUAACGAAAGAGUUGGAUUUUGUAGUGAUAGAUCUGUCAAAACAUAUUCUGCAGCAGGAGAGAUGUUUAAGUUCCAAUAUAAGGUUUCAAUUCCUUUAGGUAAGAUUAAAGGAGUAGGAGAGAGCGUGAACACGAAGCGGCCAUCAAACUAUUGA